AUGUCUGGAUGCCCCUUCUUUAACAUGAUCAGAAUAAUGACAAUUGCUAUAUUUAUGAUAUUUACAGCAAUAUAAAUAAAAUCAUGGUACUUUGUAACAAACAAAAAACAAGUUAAAGAAUAAAAUACUGAUGAAACUAUAAUUAAAAACAAAGAAGAAUAAGAAUUAUUAGAUUAAUCUUAAAGUAAUACUGUCCAAUGA